AUGGGAUCCGCAUCCAAGCUCUUCUACCUUGCUGUCUUCUCAUUCCUAAAGUCAGGUCAUGCAGAUCCCCACGUUAAUGUGUCUCAGUCGUACCCCUCCGACCAGUGUGUUAUCAAUACAAAAUCCACCGUGUCUGAUACCUGUACCUCUUUUGCGACACUCAAUGCUGUGAACAAGGAUAUCUCUCCUGUUUUGAAAUUGAUUACGCACCACAGUGAUUUCUUCUCAUACUACCGCCUGAAUUUGUUCAACAAACGUUGUCCAUUCUGGUCAGAUGAUGCCGGUAUGUGUGGAAAUAUAGCUUGCGCCGUUAGCACCUUAGACUCUGAAGAGGACAUACCACCUACUUGGAGGGCUGAAGCACUAAGUAAGCUGGAGGGUCCGAAGGCCGGACACCCAGGGAAGCAGCAGCAGCAACAGAGACCCAAGAAGAAGCCCCUUCAAGGGAUGCUUGGAGAAACUGUCGGUGAGUCUUGCGUGGUAGAAUAUGAUGAUGAAUGUGACGAGAGGAACUACUGCAUUCCAGAAGACGAGGAUGCCAUGGCGAAAGGGGACUAUGUGAGUUUGGUCGAUAAUCCGGAGCGGUUUACUGGCUAUUCCGGUCGCGGCGCCUGGCAGGUUUGGGAUGCAGUUUACCGGGAGAAUUGCUUUUUGAAACCACCCCAGCAGUCUUCCUUACUGCCGAAAGGCUUAAAACUUGAAAAAAUAAAGGCCGCGCAGGAUUUCCGAACCGUUCUUGAAAAAUAUGAAAGAAACCAAGUCGAGAGCGCUGCUUUCCGAAACGAAGGAUAUCCAGUAGAUGAUGAAUGUCUGGAGAAGCGGGUGUUUUACCGUUUGAUUAGCGGGAUGCAUGCGUCUAUAUCAACGCAUCUUUGCUGGGAUUAUUUCAACCAGUCUACCGGGGAAUGGCUACCAAACGUGCAGUGCUAUGCAAAAAGAUUGCACCAGCAUCCCGAGCGAAUAUCUAAUGUUUAUUUCAAUUUCGCUCUUUUGUUACGUGCCGUUGCUAAAUUGCGAUAUCACCUCAAGAACUACUCGUUCUGUGCAAGCGACCCAGAGCAAGACUACCAAACAAAACAAUGGGUGUCACAGUUGACAAAAACGCUUGCUUUUGAACCAAAAAUAUUUGACGAAAGCGUCAUGUUUCAAGACGACGGUGGGAGUGACUUGAAAGAAGACUUUCGUAAUCGGUUCCGAAAUGUCAGUCGACUUAUGGAUUGCAUUGGGUGUGACAAGUGCCGACUCUGGGGGAAGCUUCAAACUGCUGGUUAUGGCACAGCUUUGAAGGUUCUAUUCGAAUUUGAAGAUGCCGAGACGAAAGACGAUAUAUUUCUCCGUCGAACAGAGCUGGUUGCUCUGGUCAAUACUCUUGGAAGAGUUUCUCAUAGUGUAUCUGCCAUACAAAGUUUCGAGGAAGCCCUUAAACUGGAAAAGCAGUUUUUGCCCGCGCAUUCAACAUCUCAAACCUCACAUGUCAAACGUGAAACUAAACCUGCUGCAACCUUUGGUACAGAGCCCAAGGAGGCUAUACCAUCCGCACUGGAUCGGCAAGAAAGCGGUGAAAGUACGGCUGGCGCAUUGCGGGAUGAAUGGCGACUGAUAUGGCGGGCAUAUAUUUUUGUUCUUCGAAGCUGGGUCGCAUUCCCAAAAACAGCGUAA